UUUUAUCGGCUUUUCCCCAUCCUUGUCUUGCCUAUUUAGUUUUGGCGUCAAAUUAAUUUGACUUUAGACAGAGCAGGUGCCGCGGCAGCUGGACAAUGCUAUUUAUCGACGCCUGCCAAUAAACGUACAGCAAUUCGCCAAACAUGCGUACUCGCCAUGGAAAUUGAUUCCAUUUGGGGCUGCGCUUAUAUUACGGGCGCGAGGUAAAUACGCGGUCUACAGAGUAACAAUAACAACAAUAAUAACAUUCGCGAUUGUUUUGGUAGGAAGAGGGGAACGCGGACGAAGAAAGGAUGAUCAAGCGAAAACUCGGUUUAGAAUGUGGCGUGAAAAAGAUUACGGAGCAGCGAAGUUUCGAAGUCCGAUAUUUCGGCAGUACGAUGCUCGUGGAGCCAGACAUGAAGCGAAUCCGCGAGGCCAUUCGACAUUUGAUCGGUGAUAUUAUAGUGAAGGGCAAGGAACGAUCACUACCAAAGGUUACCGUACAGAUAUUGCAAGAUGGACUUCACUUGAAGGAGAAACAAAAAAAGUCGGAGGAGAAGGUUAUACCGAUACGCAAGCUAUCCUACGGCACGGUUAUGAAAUCGAAUGUUCAGCUACUUGCGUUUAAUCAUCAUAUGGAUAAAACACCGCCGAAAAUGGAGUGUUUCGUUGUCUUGUGUGAAACGGACGAGGCACUCAAAGAGAUUGGACUGGCGAUAUACAGCGCUGUGCGAGAGCAGCAUUUUCAAAGCGUCCGAGAGCUUAGAAAGGGAUCGCGACCGGGCUGUGUGUUGGAGGAAAAGGAAGCCAUUAAGUCCGUCGAGAGCGCGUGUGAACCCGCCGCGACUGACGUUAGCCGUAGCAAUCUUAGCGAAAAGGCUUCCCCUCACGUGAACUUUGAACUUCAUGAUGAAGCCGAUCAGUAUCUUUCGUUGCCCGAUCUCUCCGACAGUCAGAACGAAUCGGAUUUGCGAACGGCUUUGGAGGACAUGUUGAAAGUUGUCGAGGAAGAGGAAAUGAAAAAUUGUCUAACGAGUGACGCGAAAUGUGAGUCAUGAAAACGAUAAUUGUGAUCUGUGAAGCCGUUGACUAGUACGUGUUUGAACACACAAGCGCUGGUUUCAUGAAAUUGAUUUAAUUUCUUGAUAUGAUUUUGCACAAAGAAAAUGUUGUAAUAAUGCGACAGAAUAUGAGUAGUCUACGAUGAUUAAGAGAAUGAUUUAAUAUCAUUAAUACAGUUGCACUAAAGAUAUUCUAUUUGUACAGACUACAGAUUGCCGAAUGAAUAAAGCUGGCUUUUACGGCACUUUCCGUUCACUGUUUUAAUAUGCUUGAACAAUAACGCUAGCUUAGUCCUCAGCGCGAGUUUCUUCCUCUGUCUUCCACUCUGAAUGUCCCGUCUGAUUUAAUGGUGAUUUUAUCAAGAACGUAGCUACGUGUGUGAAUGUCCCUGCACGUGCUGCAGUUCGCUGAUAUAUAAAUGAAUUUGCACGACUUUGGGAAAAUUUUAAUAUAUUGCCUACACUGAUUAACAUAUAGAAUAACAAAAGUAUAAAAACAUGGAGCUUUCACACCCUUUUCAUCAAUAAAAUUUUGUAACACCUUCCGGUAAUCAGUCAAAAUGCAUGCAAUCUUAUUAGUCGGGCAGUGCAGGUAAUUAUUCGUCACUUUCUUCAUUAGUAAACGAGCUGUAUUAAUAAUUACACUU